AUGAUCAAAACAGAAUUGAUUGAUUCAAAGAAAUAUCUCCCCAGAGAUAUUAUAGAAGUUAUUUUACAUAUCAUUCCGUAUAAUAUUCGCUCUACAAAGUCAUAUUUAUUUCUUGCCAAACUCAUAUCUGAUGAUUACCAUGUCACAGAGGUCAAAAGUAUUGAACCUAUUUCAAACUUACUGUUUUACAAAGAAUAUGGAAUUAAAUUAUACAAAUCUGCUGAUUUAGAAAAAAUUAAAUCAGAAAAUCUUGAAAUUCAUACAGAAGAUACAAUUUACAGAGCAAUUAUGUAUAAUGACCUUGAAAGAUUCAUAUACUUCACUGAAAGAGAUGAAUUUGAUAAAGAUAAAAUACUUAUAAGUAGUUUAUAUCCAUCUUUUUUGGGAGGAUAUUCAUUACUUGAAUUAUGUUGUUACCAUGGAGCAGUUGAUUGUUUCAAGUUAUUAAGAACGAAAUUCAGCGCAGAAAUAACUGAAACAUGUUUACGAUUUUCAUUUUUAGGAGGAAAUCCAGAGAUCAUGAGUGAAUGUUUGAAAUAUCAAACACCAAAUAAUUGGUGCAUGGAAUAUGCAAUUAUUUCACACAACAUUGAUUUCGUUACAUUCUUGAUGAAUGAAUACAAUAUAGAGAUCGAUUUAUUUUCUUGUGGAUUUUAUCAAAAUCUUGAAGCAUUUUUAGUUUAUUUCGAUCAAACUAAUGAUAUUAAUGAAUGCUUUGUUUAUUCCCCGCUUUUAAAUAUCCCAUCUCUUUUCGAAUACUUCCGUUUACAUUGUGCAAAUAUCAAUGUAAAAAAUGAAUAUGGAGGAACCGCUCUUCAUUAUGCAGCAAUGAACAAUAGUAAAGAAAUUGCCGAGAUUCUUAUUUCAAAUGGUGCAAAUAUCAAUGUAAAAAAUGAAUAUGGAGAAACCGCUCUUCAUCUUGCAGCAAUGUACAAUAGUAAUAAAGAAACUGCCGAAGUUCUUAUUUCAAAUGGUGCAAAUAUCAAUGAAAAGGAUAAAGAUGGACAAACCGCACUUCAUCUUGCAGUAAAGAAAAAUAGUAAAGAAACUGUCGAGCUUCUUAUUUCACAUGGUGCAAAUAUCAAUGAAAAAGAUAAAUAUGGAAUUACAUCUCUUCAUAUUGCAGUAAAGGAAAAUAGUAAAGAAACUGCCGAGCUUCUUAUUUCAAAUGGUGCAAAUAUCAAUGAAAAAAAUAAAUAUGGAAUAACCGCACUUCAUUAUGCAGCAAUGUACAAUAGUAAAGAAACUGCCGAAGUUCUUAUUUCACAUGGUGCAAAUAUCAAUGAAAAAGAUAAAUAUGGAAUUACAUCUCUUCAUAUUGCAGUAAAGGAAAAUAGUAAAGAAAUUGCCGAGAUUCUUAUUUCAAAUGGUGCAAAUAUCAAUGAAAAAGAUGAAAAUGGAAUUACAUCUCUUCAUUAUGCAGCAAUGAACAAUAGUAAAGAAAUAGCCGAACUUCUUAUUUCACAUGGUGCCGAAGAAUAA